UGCGCGCCCGGGCGCGCGCCCCGGUGUGCAGGUUGUUUGCUUCCCCCCCCUUUCCCUUUACUUGACGCUCCUUCUCUCCGUCGCGACGAGACUCACCAGGCGGUUCGUCGAAGGGAACCCACCUAGCUUGCUUUGCAAUUUUGGGGGCUGAUCCCGUGUGCCCCGCAGAAGCAGCUCCGAGAGGCUCGCGCCGAUGAAGCGCGCUCACAGACGCCCAAGGGAACAAGCCGAGGUAAGGCAACACGCUGCCGUCGAUUUCUGCAGCCUGCUUUCGGUUUUGUAAGGGGGCUGCCGCCCUCUCGCCGGAGUCGUUUCUGUAGCGUCGAGUUCCUGGGCAGGAAAAUCUUGUAAAUUACACUGAUCUCCAACGCCCCCCCGCGCCGUCUUACCGCUUCCCCGGAUUGCUUUGUGUCAAAACAACAAGGAACGCAGAAUUGGGGCUUUUCACUGGCCGAGGUCAAUACAAGUGACGGUCGCGAGUGCGUGGCGUCUCUUCCCGGGUAUCAGCGAAGAGCGAGAAAAGGCAAGCGUUAGGACUCGGGGGAAAUCUCUCUUUUUCCUCCUCCUCCCCCUCCUCUCCUCCUUUCGCUUCUUCAAUCAGCUACUGCUACUCAUCAGAUCAGGGAUAGCCGAGGCUUCAGCCGUGUGCGCGAGAGAGCCGCUCGCUUCGCUCCUCGAUCUGCCCGAUGCAAGGGAUGUUUGCAAGGCGCGCAGAGAACCGGCUCUGCUAUUGCUGCUGCUGUCGCCGUGGGCAGGGGAUGUGAACUCCUGGAAAGAAUGACGAGGAUUGCUACGUUUGCCAUUCUUUUGCAGCUGUUGCCAAAAACCGGAGGUCAGGUCUUUGCAGGCGGUUGUUCAUUUGAUGAACACUACAGUAACUGUGGUUAUAGCGUGGCACUGGGGACCAAUGGAUUUACUUGGGAGCAGAUUAAUACCUGGGAGAAGCCGACAAUGGAUCCAGCUGUCCCAACUGGCUCCUUCAUGAUGGUGAACAGCUCUGGGAGAGCAUCUGGGCAAAAAGCACACUUGCUUUUACCAACACUGAAGGAAAAUGACACACACUGCAUUGACUUCCAUUACUACCUGUCCAGCAGAGACCGCUCCAGCCCUGGAUCAUUGAACGUUUAUGUGAAGGUUAAUGGUGGACCUCAAGGCAACCCUAUCUGGAAUGUGUCUGGGAUUGUUACAGAAGGUUGGGUGAAGGCAGAACUUGCAAUCAGCACAUUCUGGCCACACUUUUAUCAGGUGAUAUUUGAAUCGGUUUCGUUGAAGGGACACCCUGGGUACAUAGCUGUGGAUGAAGUCAGAGUCCUUGCCCAUCCAUGCAGAAAAGCUCCACACUUCCUGCGGCUUCAAAAUGUGGAGGUCAAUGUUGGGCAGAAUGCAACAUUCCAAUGCAUUGCUGGAGGAAAAUGGUCUCAACAUGACAAACUGUGGCUACAGCAGUGGAAUGGCAGAGACACAGCUUUGAUGGUCACCAGAGUAGUCAACCACAGACGUUUUUCUGCCACUGUCAGCGUAGCUGACACUUCUCAGCGCAGCAUCAGUAAAUACCGAUGUGUCAUUCGUUCAGAUGGUGGAUCAGGAGUUUCAAACUAUGCAGAAUUAAUAGUGAAAGAACCUCCCACUCCUAUUGCACCUCCAGAACUACUAGCAGUUGGAGCCACCUAUCUGUGGAUCAAGCCAAAUGCUAACUCCAUCAUUGGAGAUGGACCUAUCAUCCUAAAAGAGGUGGAAUACCGUACGACCAAUGGGAACUGGGCUGAAACUCACAUUGUUGAUUCACCCAAUUACAAGUUGUGGCAUUUAGACCCAGAUGUGGAGUAUGAGAUCAGAGUGCUUCUUACCCGUCCUGGAGAAGGAGGCACUGGACCUCCUGGACCUCCACUCACAACAAGAACAAAAUGUGCAGAUCCUGUACAUGGUCCCCAGAACGUGGAGGUUGUUGACAUCCGAUCUCGACAGCUGACCUUGCAAUGGGAGCCUUUUGGUUAUGCUGUGACUCGUUGCCAUAGCUAUAACCUAACAGUCCAUUACCAGUAUGUGUUCAACCAGCAGAAAUAUGAGGCAGAGGAGCUAAUUCAGACAUCGUCACACUAUACCUUGCGAGGACUGCGGCCAUUCAUGACCAUCCGACUGAGGCUGGCUCUUUCGAACCCGGAGGGCAAGAUGGAGAGUGAAGAACUGGUAGUGCAAACUGAGGAGGAUGUUCCUGGGUCUGUUCCCCUUGAAUCCAUUCAGGGAGGACCCUUUGAAGAGAAGAUCUAUGUUCAGUGGAAGCCACCAAAUGAGACUAAUGGAAUCAUUACACUCUAUGAGAUUACAUACAAGGCUGUUGGGUCCCUAGAUCCCACUGCUGACCUGUCUAACCAGAGAGGAAAAGUCUUCAAACUAAGGAAUGAAACUCAUCACCUUUUUGUAGGGCUAUAUCCAGGAACUACCUACUCAUUCACCAUCAAAGCCAGCACAGUGAAGGGUUUCGGACCCCCAAUCACCACACGAAUUGCAACUAAAAUUUCAGCACCAUCAAUGCCUGAAUAUGAUACAGACUCCCCUCUGAAUGAAACGGAGACCACCAUCACAGUCAUGCUGAAACCGGCGCAGUCUCGUGGAGCACCUGUCAGUGUGUAUCAGCUUGUUGUGAAAGAAGAGAGGCCACAGAAGUCACGAAGAGCUGCAGACAUUAUCGAGUGCUUCUCUGUUCCAGUGAGCUACAAAAAUGCUUCAAAUUUUGACACUCCGCAUUACUUUGCAGCAGAGUUGAAACCAGUCAACCUUCCUGUCACACAGCCCUUCACAGUGGGAGACAACAAAACGUAUAAUGGCUACUGGAAUGCUCCACUUUCACCACUAAAAAGCUACAGCAUUUAUUUUCAGGCCCUCAGUAAAGCAAAUGGGGAGACCAAAAUCAACUGUGUCCGGCUGGCAACAAAAGGAGCUUCUACACAGAAUUCCAAUGCAGUGGAGCCAGAAAAGCAGGUUGACAACACUGUGAAAAUGGCAGGAGUUAUAGCUGGCCUUCUGAUGUUUGUAAUUAUCCUUUUGGGAGCAAUGCUUACCAUAAAGAGAAGGAGCGGUGCAGUAGAUCCAAGAAGAAAUGCAUAUUCGUACUCCUAUUACUUGAAACUAGCCAAGAAGCAAAAGGAAACUCAGAGCAGCACUCAGAGAGAAAUGGGGCCCGUUGCUACAUCAGACAAGACUGCUUCGAAACUCAGUGCUGUUCAUAAUGAAGAAGCCUUUUCUUCGAGCUGCCAAGAUGUUAAUGGAUUCACACCAUCCUCUCCUUGUUCAUUUUCUGUCCAAAGCAAAACCCUUCAGAGCAAAUCUUUGUUGAAUUCCUACUACUCAGUAUCAUCAGACACUGUUCCAUCGACCACACUGUUAGACAAUAGCCAUGGGGAGAUGACUCAGCCGACAUUGACAAUCCAGACCCAUCCCUAUCGAAGCUGUGACCCGGUGGAAAUGUCCUACCCCAGAGGACAGUUCCAGCCAGCAAUCCGAGUGGCCGACUUGUUGCAGCACAUCACUCAGAUGAAACGGGGACAGGGCUAUGGAUUUAAAGAGGAGUAUGAGGCUCUACCCGAGGGGCAGACAGCAUCUUGGGAUACAGCCAAAGAAGAUGAAAACCGCAAUAAGAAUAGAUAUGGCAACAUCAUCUCCUAUGAUCACUCCAGAGUGAGACUGCAAUUGUUGGAUGGAGAUCCCCAUUCAGACUACAUAAAUGCCAACUAUAUAGAUGGGUACAAUCGGCCUCACCAUUACAUUGCAACUCAAGGACCAAUGCAAGAGACAGUGAAGGAUUUUUGGAGAAUGAUUUGGCAGGAGAACUCUGCAAGCGUUGUCAUGGUCACCAACCUGGUAGAAGUUGGCAGGGUCAAGUGUGUCAGAUACUGGCCUGAUGAUACAGAAGUCUAUGGAGAUAUUAAAGUCACCCUUAUUGAGACAGAACCACUGGCGGAAUAUAUAAUACGAACUUUUACAGUUCAAAAAAAAGGCUACCAUGAGAUCCGAGAGAUUCGACAAUUCCAUUUCACCAGCUGGCCAGACCAUGGGGUUCCUUGUUAUGCCACAGGCCUCUUGGGCUUUGUUCGACAAGUGAAGUUCCUCAAUCCACCAGAUGCAGGGCCCAUUGUUGUGCACUGCAGUGCUGGUGCUGGGAGGACAGGGUGCUUUAUUGCCAUUGACAUCAUGCUUGACAUGGCGGAGAAUGAAGGUGUGGUAGACAUAUUUAACUGUGUGCGGGAGCUGCGAUCCCAGAGAGUCAACUUGGUGCAGACAGAGGAGCAAUAUGUCUUCGUUCAUGAUGCCAUUCUGGAAGCAUGCCUUUGUGGCAACACAGCCAUCCCCGUUUGUGAAUUCAGAUCCAUAUAUUACAACAUCAGCAGACUGGAUCCACAGACGAAUUCCAGCCAGAUAAAAGAUGAAUUCCAGACCCUUAAUAUAGUAACACCACGAGUACGGCCAGAAGAUUGCAGUAUUGGACUCUUGCCCAGGAACCAUGACAAAAACCGCUGCAUGGAUGUACUCCCCUUGGAUCGGUGCCUCCCUUUCCUUAUCUCCGUUGAUGGGGAAUCAAGCAACUACAUUAACGCUGCACUCAUGGAUAGCCACAAGCAACCUGCUGCCUUUAUAGUUACUCAGCAUCCUUUACCCAACACAGUAGCAGAUUUUUGGAGAUUGGUGUUUGAUUACAACUGCUCCUCUAUCGUGAUGCUGAAUGAGAUGGAUGCUGCACAACUCUGCAUGCAGUACUGGCCAGAGAAGACAUCCUGUUGUUAUGGUCCAAUCCAAGUGGAAUUUGUUUCUGCUGAUAUAGAUGAAGAUAUCAUCAAUAGGAUAUUCCGGAUCUGCAACAUGGCAAGGCCCCAGGAUGGGUACCGUAUUGUCCAGCAUUUGCAGUACAUUGGCUGGCCAGCGUAUAGAGACAUUCCUCCUUCUAAGCGCUCUCUCUUGAAGGUGGUCAGGAGGCUGGAGAAGUGGCAGGAGCAGUAUGAUGGGCGUGAUGGGCGGACUGUGGUCCAUUGCCUGAAUGGUGGUGGCCGCAGUGGCACCUUCUGUGCCAUCUGCAGUGUGUGUGAAAUGAUCCAGCAGCAAAACAUCAUUGAUGUCUUUCACAUAGUGAAAACCUUACGGAACAACAAAUCCAACAUGGUGGAGACACUGGAACAAUAUAAAUUUGUAUACGAGGUUGCAUUGGAAUACUUGAGUUCAUUUUAGCCCAUGAAAGGCUGGGAGCUUGCUGAAUUCCAAAAGCCUUGAUGUCUGAACAACAGCAGUUCCCCUCAUACUUAAAGGAACAAUGGGGUGAGAAAUGUAAAGCUCUUUAUCCUUGAGCGAGAGACCAGGUCAGAUCUCAGUGCCGUUGGAAGGAGGAAGGAUCUGCUGCCGUCUGCUUUCUACAGGAACAUCACUCACUUUCAAAACAACCUACUGUACAAAUUGGCAAGCCAGGAGGCAGGUUGGAAGACUCUGCUUUCCAAUCCUUCUUUUUGCCAUUUUGGAUGUGUAUUUUUGUUUCUUCUUGAUACAAAUGGGGAAGGAGGGGAAUUACUGGAAUAAUCAAUCGCCUUUCAACUCCUCUUUCUGUUUUUCCACAAAUCCUCACUUUAUGUUCUUAGUUUUGUACAUCAGCCAUUUGGCAAAAGAGGAAAGCUUCAGUAGACACAUAUUAAGGCUUUCAGCACAGUAAGCCUUUGUGAUCAGAUUUUCAAAUGAAAAGGCCACGGUCAUGAAGCUGUAAUUCCUGUCUGCUCCCGUUGUCUUAGAAGCAGGCCAUAGAACCAAGAGGCUAUUGGUUAAUUUGCUGCCUUGGUUGCUUCACAGUGCUACUCAAUUUCCAAUGUUGUGCAUGGGUUGGUUUAUAUCGGCUGCAGUGCUGAUGAAGCAGUUCUGUAAAAUCACACCCCCAGCCAUCUAAAUUGAAGACACCCUAAAAUUACCUUCAUGCUUCAAACAAUUAUUGUUCUUCGGUUUGUAAUGAAGUUAACUUCAUUUGUUUGUGUACAGUGUCUCUUUAAAAAACAGGUUGAAUUGGAGGGAUGGGCUUAUUGUAUAUCUGCUGGUUGUUUUGCAGUACACUCAUCUUGGAGGUUGUCUCCACCUUCUAUACAGUCUUUUUUUAAAAGUUCUGUCAGAUGGUAUGAGAUGAUAGGCUCAUUCCAGACAUGACUGGCUGUUACGGUAGAGGCACCAGUCUGUAUUGACUGAUCUUGUAAGAAUGGAUGACAGCAAUUUCACACCAUCUGAUGAGCUGUAUCUUAAGGGGAAAUGUAAUAUGUGAACUCAUUAUGAGUUUCGUUGGAGUAUUAAUGACUCAAAAUAAGGGAGAUUGGAAGAACAGAGAAUGGUCUUAAUGUUCGUGUGAUCUGACAGCUCUUCAAACACUUCAAUUCCAAAUUGAUAUAUGAUACAGUGAUGGUUAUGCCUCUUAACAAAGAACACUUAGCUUUUCUACCUUUGUAAAAGGCAGAAGUAUGCCAUAUCCUUAAUGUCAAACAAAUAAGAACUGAUUUUCCUUCACAAGGAGAGAAUUCAGGUAGAAGUUGGGAAGCACACACAGAGAGUUGAAGCUGGUAUAUUAGGGGGGAAAGGUGAAAAAAAAAUUCUGCAGUUUUUUUCUGUGAAAUUCUAAGAAGCAAUUCUUGGGAACAUACACUGAACAAUUCUACCUUGUUGUCUCAGGUCAGCAAUUAUAUUUUGAAUCUGAAGAACCAUGUGUAAAUUGGGAAAUAUGAAAUGGCUGGUUUCUGUUUCACUGUGGACUGUGUACCUUAUUGAAUUGAUGUAGCUAUUACAGCUGUUCUGUAUUUUUAUAUGUUUAGCUAUCAGGUUUCUUUAAAAAUGUGUAGAAAGAAAGAGAAAAAUAUUGUCUUACCCAGUUAUAUUUGCUAGUGAGGUUAUCCAGCAGCAGUCCUAUCCUUCUGAGUGACAGGAGGCAUUGUGCAAGAUGUGAUGGCCAAACCUGGCAUGUGAGAAGCAUAAUUACCUGGAAAGUAGUCUUAGUUGUAGCAUCUUCCAAGAACCCUUCACCCAUGCGUGCUAAUCACAUACCAGGUUUAUGGUCACCACUACAGAUGUGUGAAACCUGCCCUUUUAUGUUUUUACCUUUCCAAAUGCUUGAAACAUAUAUUUGGAGCACUACAAUCGUAUACAUUUCUAAGAAGUAGGGAUAAUAAGAAAUUUGAUUCAGUGUGCAUUUGAAGCUGAAUUUAUCAAAUGUGCAAUUUCCAAAACAA